AUCCACGGCCCCUCCCGAGGAAGACGAAGGCUCCAAGUUCUGCGAGGAAGAUAUCGACCAGAUCCUGCAGCGCCGGACCCAGACAAUCACCAUCCAGUCGGAGGGGAAGGGCUCCACCUUUGCCAAGGCCAGUUUUGUCGCUUCCGGGAACAGAACCGACAUUUCCUUGGACGACCCCAACUUCUGGCAGAAGUGGGCUAAGAUAGCAGAGCUGGACACGGACACGAGGAACGAAAAGGAGAGCCUGGUGCUCGACAGGCCCCGUGUCCGCAAGCAGACCAAGCACUACAAUUCCUUCGAGGAGGACGAGCUGAUGGAGUUCUCGGAGCUGGACAGCGACUCCGACGAGCGGCCCACGCGCUCCCGGCGCCUCAACGAGAAGACGCGGCGCUACCUGCGGGCCGAGUGCUUCCGCGUGGAGAAGAACCUGCUCAUCUUCGGCUGGGGGCGCUGGAAGGACAUCCUCGCGCACGGCCGCUUCAAGUGGCACCUGAACGAGACGGACAUGGAGAUGAUUUGCCGGGCUCUCCUCGUCUAUUGCGUCAAACACUACAAGGGGGACGAGAAGAUCAAGAGUUUUAUCUGGGAUCUGAUCACCCCUACAAAGGACGGCCAGAACCAGGCCCUGCAGAACCACUCAGGCCUGUCGGCCCCCGUGCCCAGGGGCAGGAAGGGGAAGAAGACCAAGAACCAGAUGCUGCUCCCUGAGCUAAAGAACGCGGACUGGCUGGCCAGCUGCAACCCCGAGGUCGUCCUGCACGAACAGCACUGCAACAAGGUGCUGCUGCGGGUGCGGAUGCUCUACUACCUGAAAGCCGAAGUGCUGGGAGAGGCGGCAGACAAAGCCUUUGACGGGACCCCGGCCAGGGAGCUGGACGUGCUGCUGCCGGACAUCGACUACGUGGAGAUCCCCGUGGACUGGUGGAACGCAGAGGCCGAUAAAUCGCUGCUGAUCGGCGUGUUCAAGCAUGGCUACGAGCGGUACAACGCCAUGCGAGCAGACCCGGCGCUGUGCUUCCUGGAGAAGGUGGGCAUGCCGGACGCUGCGGAGCAGGGGGCCGGCGACGGGGUGCAGGAGGCUGCAGAGAGGUGGGACUCUGGGAAUUCGUACGGAGAAGCUGCUGAGAAGCAGGACGACGGUGCGGCAGCCCAGGAUGGCUCCGACACAGAGAGAUCCUGCUGGCCUGUCUCGUCCGCCCUCACAGCCAGGCUGCGGAGGCUGGGCACCAUCUACCAGCGCUGCACCCGCAAGGAGCUGCCCCCCCGCGCCGAGGUGCUGGUGCCCAGUAACCAUGGCUACUGGCUGCAGGGGGAGAUGUUCAGGAGAGCUGCUGAGAUGGACCCGGCCAACAAGGAAAUGCAGAAAAGAUGGACGAGAAGGGAGCAGGCAGAUUUCUACCGCACUGUCUCCUCCUUUGGGGUCAUCUACGACCAGGAGAAGAAGGCCUUUGACUGGUCCCAGUUCCGAGCCAUUUCCCGCCUGGAGAAAAAGACGGACGAGAGCCUGGAGAAAUACUUCUACAGCUUCGUAGCCAUGUGCAGGACCGUCUGCCGCCUCCCCCUCUGGAAAGAGGAUGGCCCGCCCGACCCCAGCAUCCACGUGGAGCCCAUCACGGAGGAGCGCGCCGCACGGACGCUGUACCGCAUUGAACUGCUGCGGAAGGUCCGGGAGCAGGUGCUCGAGUCCCCCCCGCCCCCGGAGCGGCUGGAACUCUACGGCUCCCCUCCCUGCGGCGGGCUGGAGUCCCUGGAGAGGGGCGCCGAGAGCCAGGCCAAGCUGGAAGGGCUGGAGGAUGCCCUGUCCCGGGCGGAGGGCAGCCCGCAGGACACGAGCUGCGACACGUUCCUGUCCACGGUGCGGGACAUCAUGUCCCUGACCUGCGAGGACAGCUCCCUGCCGGACUCUCUGCUGGGCAUGCUGUGCGAGGACAAGGCCUGCCCCAGCGAGCACGGCUCCCUCGCCCACGACAGCCCCAGCCGCGUGGCCAGACUCGCUGAGGGCAAACUGGACGGGGACCAGGAAGACGACGUGGAUGAGAACAAAGAGGAGGAAGAGAAAGAGGGCCCCAGCCAGAGCCAUGGUUGCCCAGAGAAGUACUCGGAGGAGGAGGCCAAGAGCUCUCCCUGCGCCCUGCCUGGCGAGACGGAGGAGCUGCAGGACACCCGGGCGCCCACCAUCGCCCAGCUGCUGCAGGAGAAGACGCUCUACUCCUUCUCGGAGUGGCCCAAGGACCGGGUGAUCAUCAGCCGCAUAGACAGCAUCUGCCACGCCGUGCUAAAGGGCAAGUGGCCGUCCUCCAGCCAGCAGCUAGAGACCGUAGCCAGCAGCGCAGGCCCUCGGAGCGGCUUUGCCGAGUCCGGCACCCCGCACCCCAGCUUCAGCGACAGCGCGCUCACUGCCCAGGGAAGCUUCCUGGCUCCUGCCUUUGCCAAGGAGGAACGGAAGCACAGGCAGCCCUUCGAGUUUGAGCCGGAGAGAGACGCCAAGGCCAGGAGCCUCGAGCGGUUGGCUGCAGCGCACCCCUGCCCGCCUGGCGUGCUGAACGGCUGGGGGGGUGCCAUGAGGCGAGGACGGGGCAGGAGGAAAAAUGUGGAAGGGAUGGACCUGCUCUUCUUGAAGGAGAGGAGUCUUCAGAGCGGGCUGCAGGAUGCUCAGGAGGACCCGGACAGGCCGGGCACCGCUCCCUCCGCGCCGCACACGGCCCCCGCGCCCGGCGUGCGGCCCGAGAAAGCUGCUCCAAACAAGAGUCUCCUGGACUGGCUGAGCCAGCAGUCGGACUACACGCUCGACGUCCCUGCCUUCAGCACGAGUUUUGCAGACAAGCCCAAGCAGAGGCGGCAGCGCUGCAAGGACCCCAGCAAGCUGGACGUCCACUCGCUCACGGGGGAGGAGCGAGUGCCCGUGGUCCACAAGGGGACAGGACGCAGGGGAUUCCUCCCGGAAAGCAAGUUCAACCGGAUCCUAACGGAGCCUGUGCUCCGAGACGCUGGGCCCCGUCGCAGAGGGAGGAGGCCAAGAAGCGAACUUAUUAAAGCCCCUGGUGUGUCGGAUUCUUCUGGAAUGGGACCAUUAUUCAUGAAUGGACUUAUUGCUGGGAUGGAUCUGGUGGGACUUCAGAACAUGAGGAACAUGCAGGGCAUCCCUUUGACUGGGCUGGUUGGGUUUCCUGCUGGAUUUGCAGCAGUGCCUGCUGGGGAGGAUGUCAAGAGCACCCUGAGUAUGUUGCCUAUGAUGCUGCCGGGCAUGGCUACCGUACCGCAGAUGUUCGGUGUUGGAGGACUUCUCAACCCACCAAUGACAACUACCUGUACUUCAACGGCGUCAGCUUCCUUAACAAGCACAACUAAAAGUGGUACAUCAAAUACAGAAAAAGCUACUGAUGACAAACAGAGUAGCCAGGAUGUGAAAAACGAGCCUCUGUCUGAAAAUGAGCCUGGCCCUAGUUCCUUUUCUGAUCAGACAGAAUCAGCAAUAACUACUAGUAGUCCAGUAGCUUUUAAUCCGUUUCUUAUCCCAGGAAUGUCUCCUGGACUGAUCUAUCCCUCUAUGUUUCUUUCCCCUGGUAUUGGCAUGCCAUUGCCAGGUAUCCAACAGACCAGACACUCUGAGGCAACAAACCCAGAAAGCCAGAAGCGAAAGAAAAAGAAAACUAAAGGGGAGCCAACAAAUCCAGAACCAGAAACUGUCUCACUGUCUGAAAAAGAAGCUGCAAAUAGUCAAAACUGUACAGAGCAAACCCCAUCUUUGUCAUCAGAGAAAGCCCAUGCGAUACCAGCGGAGGAGAAGGCGUUAAAAGAAAUUAACAAUACCAAUUAGAACUUUUGUUUCAUUAAGAAAAAAGAUUGUGGCUUGUAAGUUUCUUAUCCCAUAAAUAUUUGUUACUUACUUACCUUCCUGCCCCCCUUCACCUUCAUAAACCUGUGUUUCCAUGAGUAAUAUUAUCUACCUAGUUCCCCGUAAGAAAACAAUGGUGACAAAUUCUAUGUUGAUAGUUGCAGGGUCUUGCCACUUUAUUAGAUAAACAGUGUUGUUUAGUUAGUACGGGAGGCACAGAAUUCUUGUUCUGUUACCCAGUUAUUCAUCCCUACCAACAAUAGUAAAUCCAGCCCUUGCUGACCCCCCCCCCCAAAAAAAAUGCUAAUUUAUCAGGGGAAAAAGAAAAAAAACAAAACGGGAGCAAAAGGAAGUACUUCAUCUCUUGAUCUCAGUGCAGACAAGGGUAUGGCUUUGUACAAUGACACUGAAUGAAUAAAACUGUAUUUUGGGGUAAAAAGCACAGCUAUAGUAAGUGCUAAUGUGUAUUUUUGAUUUAAAGUAUUUCCCUAUUUUAUCAUGGUUACUAGAAUAGUAGUAUAGACAGAAGUAUAUAACUAAUGAUUGAAAACGCAUAUAUUCGUUUCUUUAAAAAGGCAUAACUGGUAGAGAGAUCAUUCCCUCCCCUUUCAUUCCUCAAAGGUUUGGAGACAAACUGCAUUAAGACUUUAUUUUACGUUUUAAAACCAAAGCUUGGUUUUACUUUAAGUGGGAUUUCAGUUGCCCUUUCCUUGUUAGUUACAAGACCUUUUCCAGCUUUUGCUGAAAAGGUUUUGCACAUCCUGUAUGUCCUCCCUUGAGGUUCCUGGACCGGAAGCUACCAGUGACUUCACCAUUCUGCUAGAGUUCAGUUCUCAGCUAUAGCAUCAGAAGUCCUGUGAAGCGUUGUUUCUCCAGCAAUGAGCAGGCCGCUCCUGUAAUGCUCUUAUAGGAAUGCCAAGGCUCUUGAGUUUUUACAUUUUCUUUGCAGUUCUCCUUCCCCCAUAAGUGACAACUUUUCUGGAAACAAACGCAGGCAGGCAGACAGCUGUCAGGCUGGCAUUACAACUGCAAGUCCGUCCAGGACUGUGGAGGGUUUCAAAGCUUGAGUUCAUCUUCCUUUUCUAGGAUUAAACUGUGAAGAGAUUCUUUGCUCCUUCUUUCCAUUCCUCUCGAUUCCAUUUGCUGUUGAACAGUGUGUCCCAGCACCUGCAUUGGCAAAUAGCACUACAGUAUGGAUUUUAAAUGAACAGGUUUUUAAUGUGAUCAGUCCCCCAAACUCUGUGUCUUGAGACCCCUGCACAGGUAAUUCCAUGUGGUCCUUUCUCCUCGCUGCUCCUGUUUAGGUUUUUUUUUUUUCACUUGGGCUUGUUCUUAUUGCAGCUCAUCGUCUGAGACUUGAAAUAAACACUUAGUGGUGCAGCAGUGAAAUGGCCGACUGUUGGAGGGAGCUGAAGUGGCUAGUAAUCAGUUUCGCAUUUGAUUGUCACCAUUUACUGUAUUUUUUACUUAUUUUCUGUUACAGUUUUCCUAAUUUAUCAGAUGGUCCAAAUGUUUUGACAUAACUAUUUCAGUUUGCAUUAUUUAUUUAUGAUGCUUUUUCUCAUUGUCUUUUAUACAUUUGGGAUUAUAAAUUAUGUACAUGUUAAAAUUAGCAUCUCAAAGAAGUCUGUUACCCAUGACCUAAAAGUUUAUAUUUUCAAGGAAUUUAUUCCCAUUUUAUCGGAUUGGAUGCGAGUUUUUUUAAUUAUGUAACUGAUCACAAUGCAAAAAACAGAUCAUUAAAUGUGUUCUAUUUAAUAACACCCUUGUAGCAUAGAUACUGUAUCACUAUUGACAGAUUUCUUAGAAAUGCUGCUAUCUCUAUUUAACUAACCGUUUGUUCAGUUUUGCCUCCAGUGGAAGCAGAAGGGGUUUUUUCAGCUGUUAAAUCCAAAAUCAAUAUAAUUUAUUUAUGUAAAAAAAUCACGACUGAUAUAUUUUUGAACCUUUUGAGUACUAACUUUCUUUUUACUCAGUAGAAAAUGUACGUGCCCUAAAUCCUUAAAAUACAAAUGCUAUAAAACAUC